ACUAGAGAAACAGACUCACCUGGACCUGGGAGAUCCAGACACUAGACUAGAGAAACAGACUCACCUGGACCUGGGAGAUCCAGACACUAGACUAGAGAAACAGACUCACCUGGACCUGGGAGAUCCAGACACUAGCAACUAGAGAAACAGACUCACCUGGACCUGGGAAAAUUCUUCUUUGAUAUUGUGCACUUCUGGUGACCUGUAUGACAUCACCAUGGCAACCCUGUUAUGACCGUCACAGGGUCAGAAGUGGCCAAUGAGAUGCUGCCCUGCUCCAAGACAGGGCUGCUGAUCCCAUGCUGAGAGGAAGGUGUCUCCAUGGUGAUGAUGCUUCAGUGUUCCAUCUGUAUCUGGAUCUUCCUCUGGCCUUCAGCAGUGUGUCUCUCCCCUCCUCAGAAUGUGUCUGUAGAGUUUCUGGACUUCCAAGGGAGAGUCCACUGGCUGGCUGGAGCUGGCAACACCAACCAUACCCACUACUCUGUACAGAUACGAGCACUCAGUGAGUCAUGGUGGCAACCCUGUAACCGCAGCGACCCCGUUGCCAUGGUGUGCCCUCUGGAAAAUCCACUGGAUGACCUUUUCAAGAAUUACAACGUCAGAGUGAGGGCGGAGCUGGAAGGGCAGAAGUCAGACUGGAAAUACCUGGAGAACACAGUUCAGCCCUACUCAGACACAGUGUUGAGUGCCCCAGGGCUGUCGCUGUGGGUGGAGAACCAGAGUCUAUGUGUCCUACUGCACCAUCCUGCUCAGAAUAUCUUCAAAUUAUACAACAUCACACUGCUAAAGAAUGUACAGGAACACAACACCACGAUUAUGACGGACAGUGCGUCGAUCUCAGAGAGAGUGUUCCGCAAUCUCAGUCAAGACCACACCUACUGCCUCUUGGCCUCAGCCAAUCACUACAGCCUACGCCGUCACAUGAUCGCUCAGGGGUGUGUCAACCUGACGAGCCACAGACCAGGUCAGCAGAAAUUGGUCGGCAUGGCUGUGGGCGUGUUCCUGCUGCUGGCUGUUCUGAUUGGUCUGAUCGCUGUGACACGCUAUGUCCUGAAGAGCACAGACCACACCCCCACAGCUCUGGGUGUGCGUUCAGCAGGGUGCUUGGUGACUCCGGAAAACGUGGUGUGUCACCCAGUGACGUGUGGGACCGCCCCCUCUGGUUACCUGGAUUAUAAGGUGGGAGCUGUCAUGACCUUGCACCUUGACGACCACCUGGAGACAGAGACCAUCCUACCCUGUUCCCUUGACGACCACCUGGAGACAGAGACCAGCCUACCCUGUUCCCUUGACAACCGCCUGGAGACAGAGACCAGCCUACCCUGUUCCCAUGACGACUACCUGGAGAGAGAGACCCUCCUACCCUGUUCCCUUGACGACUACCUGGAGACAGAGACCAUCCUACCCUGUUACCUACAUACAGAUAUAGGAUCAGCAUCCCCUCUCCCAGUCUUUACCUUAACCAUUAGUGGAGGAAAUACAAAAUGGACCCAAGAUCAGCGUCUAGGGGCAACUUCACCCCACACCCUACUAACCCUGCCUACCUCCCCCUCUCCCGUGUCUUCCUCGUCUCUCUCCCCCUCUCCCUCCUCCUUUCUCCCCUUUGGCUAUAGUCUGGCCUGGGACAGUGUAUCCAACCAGAGGGACACAGAGACACACACUGACAGAACGACUGACAGAACGACUGACAGAACUACUGACAGAACGACUGACACAACGACUGACAGAACUACUGACAGAACGACUGACAGAACGACUGACAGAACUACUGACAGAACGACUGACACAACGACUGACAGAUGGGACAGCAGGUCCCAGCAGUCUCAGGAUAGACUAUCUGACUGUGAACUGUAUUCUCCCGGAGCCAGUCUAUGCUCCUUCAGUAGAUAUGAACCUCGCCCUGACCCAACCCUAAACCUAACCUGACCUCUAAACCCUGACUCCUAAGCAUGGGUAAGGAUGGCAGGGCUACUUGUAAUUUCUGCUGCAUAUUUUUACCUGUUUAUUUUUUAGUUGAUUGUUUUUAGUCCUGCCUGUUUUUCCCACCAAGGACCAAUUGGUGUUGGAGCCCAAAUCUUACCUUUAUGAUUGAUUAAUAAAGGUACACACACAGAACUUUUCCUUUGGAAUGAGCAUGGGAACCCAUGUCCUCGGUCUGGCAUGGCAGUCAUUACAGUUGAAAAUAAGUGUUGUUGCUGUCAUGUGUUGUUGUACUCUGUUGUCGGUUCUCUCUACAAUGUUUCCAUUCAAAAUUAACCAAUCAGAUGUUCUCUACAAUGUUUCUAUUCCAAAUAAACCAAUCAGAUGUUCUCUACAAUGUUUCUAUUCCAAAUAAACCAAUCAGAUGUUCUCUACAAUGUUUCUAUUCCAAAUAAACCAAUCAGAUGUUCUCUACAAUGUUUCUAUUAAAAAAUAAACCAAUCAGAUGUUCUCUACAAUGUUUCUAUUCCAAAUAAACCAAUCAGAUGUUCUCUACAAUGUUUCUAUUCCAAAUAAACCAAUCAGAUGUUCUCUACAAUGUUUCUAUUCCAAAUAAACCAAUCAGAUGUUCUCUACAAUGUUUCUAUUAAAAAAUAAACCAAUCAGAUGUUCUCUACAAUGUUUCUAUU